CAGCAAAGAGCUCAGAGAACGACUGAGGCUGUGAAGCCGUUAUGAGGAGAUAGCAUGAUGACAGUUGAGCAGUUUACGGAUAUCAUCUCCUGGUGAAAUGCCUGGUUUGGAAGGCUCUGGACCAAGCCCAUGGACUCUCCCUAUGUUAAUGGGGCAGUGGAGCAUUGUGGGAUUUGCAGUCCUCAUCACAUGGCUGGUCCUGUUAUACCUCUUAGUCAAUGUAUGGCUGCUUUGCAUCUUCACCAGUCUACUUGUAGUACUCGGAGGCUGGCUAGGCUCUCGUGCAGCAUUGGAUGCCAACAGCCUUCUUCACUUGGAGCAUUUUCUGCCACUGGGCCAAGCCCCUCAGCCACACGUCUCCUUGGAGAGCGAGAGGAGGCUGGACUGGGAGAUCCGCAGUGCUGUGGGAAAGGCUGUAAGGGACUUUGUGUCAUCCUGGUAUCGUAUCUUGGUGUCUGAGGAAGAGGGUCAGUUUGAGUGUGAGGUUCGGGAUGCCAUUCUUACAGCAGCUGCUGAGUUGAAGCGACGGGCAAGGCGGGUAGACAGGCGGGAACUGGCCAAAAGACUCUUGGAGCUAUGUGGAUGCCAUCUGCAGAGCUUUGGCCAUGCCAGGGAAAGACAAAAGCCACAGCUGGAAGGACUAAGAACAUGGGGCGGCCAGGAGGAUUCCAGGUCCACCUUAUGGCAGCUGUACAGUGAAGCUAGUACACCUCACCCUGCUCUGGCCAGUUCUGCAGCUGAGCUUUGCUAUUCCAGGGCGGUGGUGGAUCUCUUGUUGCAUGUUCUUGUUCCAUACCCACACCUGGAGACCCGCACGGGUCGCUACAUAGUAGGAGAACUCAUCACCUGCAAUGUUCUUGAGCCACUGGUGGCUCAAAUGUCUAAUCCUGACUGGCUCAACCAGACUGUUGUAGAUGUGUUCACUAGAUCCCCUGGACAGGAGGAAACUGAAGGUAUGAUGGAGGAGCCACCAAGCCCUUGGGAUCGGGACUUCCACACUCCAGUUCCAUGGGAUCAUUCACUUUCAGAAACCUCCAGCAUGCUAACAGCAAGGUCCAGCUCUACCAUGCCAUUCCAAGAGUCUUUAGAGUCUAGCCUCCAGACUCUAUGGGUUUCCGAUGAUUCCGCAAAAGGAGAAGUCACCUCAGAGUCAGCCUACCAAGAAAGUGCAGUCCCGAGCCCACCUGAGCUUCCCAAGUCUCCAUGCAGGUCCAGCCAGCUGUACCAAUACACUGAUUAUCACAUAGAGUCUCCUGUCUCAGAUGGCAAGAAGUGGUCCAAUGAAUCUCUGGACGCAAAUGACCCUGAUGAGGACAAGGAAGAUGCCUUCUGUGAUUGUAUCCCUCCUGCUGACUUCUGUGGUUUGGUAUGUCUGGACGAUGACACACUGGCUCUCCUGGGGAAGUGCAUCAGGCCAAAGGUUCUUAUAUCUGAGCCCUCGUCUCAUUCUGAGAGCACCCUGGAUGAAUCUACUGGAAAUCUGCUCCAAUUUAACUCUGGUGGGCCUUUCCCGAGCCCAUUUGGUUUGGAAAAUCUAGGCAGCUUGGAGGGACCAGUGGUAAUUAAGAACCUAAAGAUUACUGGAACCCUUACAGCUAAGGAGCAAAAAGGAAGCAGUAGUCAUCCAUACACCCUCUACACAGUGAAGUAUGAGACAGUGGUUGACCCUGACAGUGCUAGCACAGACCAAACCACAGAAUAUCACACUGUGAACCGACGAUACAGCGAGUUCCUCAACCUGCAAACUCGUCUAGAGGAGAGAUCUGACCUCAAGAAAGCAAUUAAAAAUGUCAAAGGCCCGAAGAAGCUUUUUCCAGACCUCUCGUUUGGAAAUCCAGAUGCAGACAAAGUGGAGGCCAGGAAAGGCCAGUUAGAAUCAUUCCUCAAAAAGCUCUGUAGUAUCCCUGAAGCAGCCAGGAGUGAGGAAGUACAGGAGUUUCUGGCUCUCAGCACUGAUGCCAGUGCCGCCUUUGAGAAGAAACCAUGUGGCUCACGCAUAGACAAGAUGGUAGAGAACAUAGUGGACACGCUGAAAACAGCAUUUCCUCGUUCAGAACCACAGAGCCCCACAGACGAUGGAGAACCGGAUGUAGACGGAAGAUCUCCAGACAUCAGGAAGAGGUCACGGCUGAGGUUUUCCAGUAUAAUAGCCCCUGCCCCACUCAGUGUUCCAGACUUCCAGCCCAAAAUCACAUACUGCUUCAGCGAGGGAAGCACGGUCUUUAAAGGGCCUUUAGGGAUGGAGGGCUUUGUGCUGGAGCAGGAGAAGAGAGUGGAUGGAGAACCCAGAAAAGAGUCUGGAGAAAAGAGGAAGUCGGGAAAUAUGGAGCAGAAUGAGAAGGAUGGAGACAGAUCAGUGGAGAGGAGAACUCGAGGGACAGACACAGCUCUGGCUGAUGUGGCGCUGAAUAUACUAUGCUUACUGAUGAAGGACCACUGGAGCUGGCUGUGCACCGAGAACAUCCAGAAGACCAUCCGACUUCUCUUUGGCACUAUCAUAGAGAGGUAAAGGCAGUUGAGACCCUCCUGACUCUCCGCUGCUGGUGAGCUGGUGGUCUGGCCUUGUUAAAUGGUGAUGGUCUGUGUUAAAAGCCUCUUCAGGUCGAUUCAGAGCAGCUUCAGGACAGUCCACCUCCGUCCGUCUGUGUGUUCCCGGACGUAUAUCACUCACACUGACAGAUCAGUGAGGGUUGCCAGUAAUCUGUUUAUUCCGUUUGGUGGGGGAUUGUAAAACACGGUGUGAGUGAGUGCGUGUGUGUUUGUAUCUGUCUGCGUUUCCUGCUGAAUCAUUGCUCCCUAAACAGAGAUUCUUCAGAAGAUCAGGUCUUAGGAUGCUGCAGAGGAAUCUCCUGGACCUUUGAUUUUUUCCCUAACAGGCGUUUGCCAUGUUUCUUUAUUGCUCCAAGAUUGAGGAUUUCCACAGUCAGUGUGUGUGUGUGUGACAGACAGCCCAGCAGGAGACCAGUCUGGGAAGCUUAACAUGGAACUCUCCUUUUCAACUCAUGGUUUGGCGUCGCCUGGAGUGGAACAUGGAGCUGUUACACAACGGACACACUCCAUUAGACGCCUUCACUCUAUGCUUAGUGGUGUAUGUGUUUAUGUGUGUGCGUGUGUGUGUUAUCGUACAUUUCCAGGACAAAAUGUCCUGGCUUUGUUUAAAAAACAAAGAAACUGAGAAAUUAACCCAUUCAAUGACACUGAGGUCUGGACUCAGGAGGUGAGGAGUAGUUGCCAUUGUGAUGAGCUCAUUCAUUUUAGAUUAGAAUGAAUGAGUUUAGAUUAUUCAUGUACUCAUGGUUACAUUAUAUGUUUUAAUAAUUUGCAAUAGUCUUUAGAUGAGGGGACUGUGAUGGCAAUGGAAAAACCUUCAGCUUGUGUCUCCUAAGGUGGUCCCAUGUGAAUUUUGAGGUGAAGACAAUAAAGACACUAUACUUUUCUAGUUUUUAAGGUCUUCAAGGACUUAACUUGGCCUUUAUCAUUCCAACAACCCCAAAUCAGAAAAGGUUGAGACAGUAUGAGACCAAGAAAAAGUUUUGUCUCAAAAUCUCAAAUUUAAUUCAUUCCUGCUUUACAGGCCUGCAAGGGAGCAAUUUAGGGCAAGUAUUGACGUUAAACAUCUCCAGUUUGUAACAAAUGAUAAAUAACAUUAUUGAAACAAUAUUCCUUAAAGAAAGAUGUGAAGGGGGUUGCAUUUUCUCCCUCUACAGUGCAUAAUAUCAUUAAACAAUUAAAAGAAUCAGGAGAAAUUAGUGUGUAAUUUAGUGUGUAAUGAGCAAGGCCACAAGCCUAAGCUGAACACCAGUGAUCUCAGAUCCCUCAGACAGCACUGUGUCAAAAACCCUCAUUUAACAAUAACUGAUAACUAACUGAUAACUAAUAACCUCAUGGGUAUGGGAUUACUUUGGAUAACCUUUAUCAAGCUCUAAUAAUAUAUAAUAUAAAUAUAACAUAUAAAAUAUCAUAUAAAUAUAACAUAUUUAGGGUGUGUCAGUGUGUCUUUGGUAUUGUGAGGGUGCAAAAAAUAUGCCUCAAAACGCACAAAAUGCAUGAACUAAUUCUCUUAAUUAAUCAUGGCUGUGUUUGGGGCGCAACGUGAAAUAAACCAGUCAGUGUGCCAGUUGUCAUUCCCUUUAAAAGGCAGGUGUGCUGUGACUUUAGCGCAUUCGGUUCUUAACAGUGCAGCACUUUUGUGUGUCUCAGCAGAGGAUACUUACCUGCUUUUAUGGGAUAUGCCAGCAGCUCAUUUAAGGUAACAGCAAUGCAAGGCUGACUGUUGACUGUUGUCUGGGUUUUAAAAAGUCAGUGGCCCAAGAUAAAAUCAUGCCAGAUAUUUACUUCAACACAGAUUUUUACCUCACUUCCAGUCCACCACGCCCGUCAGUGUAAAUAUAUUCCUAAACUAAAGAUGGGGUGUAAGAUAGCAAUGAGCAUCGUGAUGCACCUGGUGCUGCCUUCUAGGUGACAAAUGUUCCAGGGAUUUUUAUGCCUUUUUUAACCAGACAAUGCAAAACCACAUGCUACACAUUACAAAGAAAUGGAUGCAGAAACUGGGCUGACCUGUUCUAGUAGAGAAUGUGUGGAGAAUUUUACAUUAAUAAAUGCACAAUUAAAGUCACUGUAUUGUUGCACAACAUAAGACUUUUGUUUGCAGGAUGAAUAUAAAUAAAAUAAAAA